UUUGAACCCAUUGAUCGCACCACACAUUGUUAACUUAUGUUUACUUCAUUCAGAUUCAUGUGGGAAAUAACAACAAGUGUAUCGAUCCGUCGUCAAGAAUGACAUCUUAAUAAGCAUACACAGAUCCCAAGUCAUAUAGUUUCCUACUUUCGUCAAGCAAAUCAUGGAAUUUGAAUUCACUGCGCUUUAUUCAAGCUCCUCGGAACUCGUGGUUUACUGACGGGAUUUACUUUUAUCACCGUAAACCAUGUCGUUAUCCCGUCUGGUCGUCGAUAAUAACUCAUACAGUUUGAAGUCCAAACUGUUUUCCAGAAUAUCCUGGAGGACCGCAGUCACAAUCGGUAUCCCGCUUGGUAUAGCCGGUUUGACCGUCCUUGUAUAUUACCUCAGAAACAAAAAAGAGAAGAGUGAAGCAGAACUUACUCCAGAAACACCAUUAGAGGCUGCUUUAGCGUUAAAGCUAAAAGGAAAUAAAUUUUUCAAGGGUGGACAAUACUCUCAGGCAAUAAGUUUAUAUGAUGAAGGACUUAAGAAAUGUCCAUUGGAUGCAGUUCAGGAACGUGCAGCUUUCUAUCAAAAUCGUGCUGCAGCCAAAGAGAAUCAACGUCAAUAUGAAUCUGCCAUUGAAGAUUGUUCUCUUGCAUUAUCAUUAACACCGCAUUAUUUGAAAGCAUUAAAUCGUCGAGCACAUUUAUAUGAAAAAUUAAAAAAAUGGGAUGAAUGCCUUCUAGAUAUGACAGCUUGUUGUAUUUUUGAAAAAUUUAAAAAUGCUGACAACAUUGUUUUCAUGGAUCAAGUACUCAAAACAAUUGGACAACAGAAAGCUCAAGAAGAACGUUCCAAAUUAUUGCAUGAAUUACCAUCAGCUUCUUUUAUUCGUAAUUAUUUGAGCGCAUUCGCAUGUAAUCCAUUCACAGUUAAUUCUUCACAACUAUCCAAGCAUAAUUCACUGACUGAAACUAAGACUGCAGUUAACGGAGUAACUGAUGAUCAUUCUGUAUCAAAUAUGCCCAGCACCACAGAAGUACCCAAUAAUAACAAUCCUAAUCAAUAUGAUUAUACACAAUUUAAAGAACCUCUUCAAUCAGCGUUUAAUAAUGUAAAUUCAGCCUUAGAUUAUAUGACGAAAGGUGAUUAUCAACAGUCAGCUGAUCACGCAAUGAAAGCCGUUAAUUUGUUCGAAUCAAUCUUAUCGGAUAAGUCGUUCGCAGAUGUAAAGAAUUUGAUCAAUUCAUCAUCUGAGUUAAAUGAUAGUGAAACAAUUUCAAAAUCAAAUGAUAAUCUCAUCUCUUCUGAAUCUAAUGGACAUAAUGGAAAUGAAAAUGAAUUGGACAGCAAAGAAAACAAUAUCGUCACGACAACUUCAAAUAAUACUGAUUCGCUCAAUAAAAUUAAAACAAAUGAAUCUAUUCAAGUGUAUAUUAAAGAAGUUUAUAAUCAAAUUUCACUUUUACACGCUACUUAUCAAGCAUUAGCUGGACGUUCUGAAGAAGCAAAAGAACGUUUUCAAAAUAUUGGUAUAGUGGACUCUGGAGCUUCAUUAGUGGUUCGUGUUAAUGCAUUGAUUAAAUCUGCAUGUUUAUCAAUGUCAGUUGAUCAAGAUGUAGCUGCUUGUCUUUAUGAUUUCCAACGUGCACAAAAUGUUUGGCCUGAAUGUCCAGAUGUGUAUCUUCAUCGAGGUCAAAUUAAUCUAUUAGCUGAUCAAUUAGAUGAAGCAUUGCAUGAUUUGAAUACAGCUGUUAAAUUAAAGCCGGAAUUUUCAGUUGCACAGGCUCAGCGUUUGUACACUCUAUAUCGAUGCGCAUUAACUGCUGGUGAUGUUAGUAAAGUGGAUUCUCGUAUUGAAGAGUUUCGUCGAUUAGUAAAGAAAUAUCCCAAUUGUUUGGAAACUCAUUCUUUAUUUGCUCAGAUCCUGUCUGAACGUGGGGAUUUUAAAGAGAGUGAUAAAAUAUUUGCUGAUCUAAUAACACUUGCACCAGACUCUGGUUUAGCUUAUGCUCAUCGUGGCUUAUUACAAUUAAAAUGGAAACAAGAUCGUGAUGCAGCAUUAUGUUUCUUUAUAGAAGGUAUUCAAAAAGAUCCUAAAUGUGAAUUAAUUCAUGAAUUACUUGGUCAAUUAUCUGUAGAAAAAGGACAAUUUAAUGAAGCAUUAAAACAUUUUGAUAUGGCAAUUAAACAAGCUAAAACACAAAAUGAUUUAUCACAUUUAAUUGCAUUACGUGAAGGUGUUAAUGCACAAUUAAAAGUAUGUGAACAAUAUAAAAUAUCAAUAUCGGAUGUUUUAUCAAAUAUACAACAUGAACAACAAAAAUUUUUAAUGGCUAUGCAAGAGAAAUUGUAAAAAUAAUUAAAAUAAACUAAAAAAGAAACACAAUAAAAUUGACUUCAUGUCUUAUGAGAAAUAGCAACAAGAAGUAUGGAAACAACAACAACAACAACAGACUACUUACAUCAGCAACUUUGUUAUUAUUUGGUUUGUUGUUGUUUUUUUCUUUUUCUAUAAGGGCAACGGAACAUUUGUGUUCCUAUGUUGUUGUCUUUUUAUUUGUAUAGAAAGAAAAAUUAAUGACAAUCAUUUAUAGAUCAUUUCAUUUUGAUUAAUUAAUCUGUUUGUCCCUUUCUCUCUCUCUCUCCCUCUCUCGUUCUUUAUCACAUCGAUACUCAUCCAUGUUUCAAAUUUUCUUAAUUUUUUUCAAUUAGGAACGUGUUCUGAUUUAGUGCACAUUUGUUUGAACAUUUUUAUACUAAUAUAUAUAUAUAGAGAG